AUGUCGACAACCCAACUGCAGAGGACUAUCAAUCAAGGGGGCUUUACAAACCUUUCCGACACCCAGGCAGUUCGACUUUUUGGCAGGGAUUUUAAAAAAGAAAUUGAGGCACUACAAAAUGCGGAAGCAACAGUUGAAUCGGGAUCAGACAGCCCCAAAGGAAGCUUGAUUCAUGAACAAACACCGUCGCGAUAUCUUUAUGGCGCUGAUUUCGUAGAGGUCAAUCGCACCGUCGUCAAUAUGUUGGCUUUGAAAUGGAUUCUGGCGGAUGAUUACGAAGCGUUUACGGCAAAUCAGAAUGAACAGGCGCGACUUUCAAGGGGCUCGUUCGAUAAUUUGCGUGAAUUCUUCAAGAAACGAGUACAGAAAAAGCCGCAGGAUCAGGAUCAUCAUAUUGAUAUUUACACCUUGCUGGUCGCAAUCGUGUUGGAUGACCUGGGAAAGUCGCGCAAUCUCGCCAAAGGCAACUCAACCAUGGCGGAAUUGAAAUCGAAAAGCCAUUCGGAUAUUUUAUACGAAGCUGCAAAAAAGGAAAUGAUUCCUUUAUUGAAGACGAUUCCGGAGAGAAAGCGCAAUAUCAUCACCUGCAGCAUGAUGAUUGAAGGAAGUCUGAAUAUCUCGCAGCUGGUGCAGGCGGAAAAUGUGCCCGCGAAUUUAACAAACGUCACGGAGAUCAAGGAUAAGGAGAAUGGAGGAGAGGGCCUGAAUAUGCGUGCCAUGGUGACUUUGUUGGAUGUUGCUGGCGCGGCUGCGCAUAAUAACGCGAAUGGAUGUCUGGUCAUGGUGGAGUCUGUUUACCAGGGAUAUAUGUCGGCCUUGAGGGCACUAAAUGGAUUGGUCAAUGGAGAUAUUAAUUCUGAACGAGCAUGCUAUGAUCAGGUUCUUUCCAACCGCGCAACAGCGCUGGAGUCCAAGGGUUAUGAGAAAUUGUUUACAGACAAUGAUGAGCAACGAGCGCUUCUUCGACUAUUCUGCAUGGGACGGGUGGAUAAUCCGACACAAGCCAAUUUUUUCAAGAAAGCAUUUCAUGAGCUGCCAGCAGAACAACGAGAACAAAUGGUUAAUGGGUUAAAUGUGGAUGGCAUUGAUGAUGGAAAAGCUAUUCUUCCAUACUACGCCCCUGGACUCAUGUCGGAAGUCCUGCGAAGCUUCCGUGGCAAGGAUGAGAAAACUGUUAUCAAUGCAUUAUCUGCAUUUCUGCGAUUUUUAGCAAGAGUCCUCGACGGGACAAAGAAACAGCCAGGAACUCCAGGAAGUGUCAUUGAACGCGACCUGGCAUUUGUUCAGGGCACCAUCAAGGGCAGUGAGUUUCGCGAUAAUCCUUCUAUACUAGAUAAGUUCUCCUGA